AUGGAGUUUGCCGCUGUCAGCGCGGCGCGUUGGGUGCUGAGCAAGGCGUUAGGCCCUGUCACGGACGGCCUGUUGGAGGCAUGGGUGGCCAGUGCGGGGCUCGGCCCCAACGUUGAGACCCUCAAGAUGGAGCUCCUAUACGCGCAAGGGAUGCUCGACAACGCGCAGGGAAGGGAGAUCCGGAGCCCUGCGCUCAAGGAGCUACUACUUAAGCUGCAGCAGCUGGCGUAUGGUGCCGACGACGUGCUUGACGAGCUCGACUACUUUCGCAUCCAGGACGAGCUCGACGGCACCUACCAUGCCGCCGACAUCCACGAUGGGGGCUGCGUGCACGACCUCAUCCUAAACACACGCCACACUGCUAGAGCUGUUGCAAGGAUGCUGAAGCUCUCCUCGGGCUCGCGUCAAGCAAGCCGUGGCAAUCCUGACCCUGGCGAGCAUGAAGAUGAUGCAAUGCAAGGAUGCCUCUCUGUCAUCUGUUCGUGUGGCAGGCGUGCUAUCCGCUCCAUACCAAAUUCACCCAACAUCCAGAGCGACCAGAAUGGCGGGUUCAUGUCAAAGGUGGCUUCGACUGCUCGUCGGGCUGCACAUACCAUCGGAAAUGGGUGGCCAAGUUUCUGUUGUGCUUGUCCAUCCAAGAUUCAAACCCAAGAGGGAAAACGUGUUGUGCAAAUACCAAAGUUGAGGUUUGACAGGGUGGAGAUAUCCAGUAAGAUGAAAGAAAUUGUAGAGAAGCUAAGGCCUGUGUCUGCCAAGGUCUCCACCAUUCUUGAUAUGGAGUUGCUGGGCUCUGCUAUUCUUAAGCUAGAGCAAUUAGGCUCCAACCAUACUACAACCCAAAACAGUGCUAUGGGCUGUCGCAAGACCACUCCGGACAUUAUAGAGCCUAAGUUGUAUGGGAGGGAUAAUCAGAAAAAGAUUAUUAUAGACGGCAUUAAGCAUGGAGAAUAUUUAGCAGAUGGCCUUGUGGUGCUUCCAAUUGUUGGUCCAGGCGGCAUUGGGAAGACAACUUUCACACAGCACGUAUAUAAAGAGGUGAAGGACCAUUUCGAGCGAAUUGAACAAAGAUUGAAAGUUAAACGGUAUUUACUUGUGCUAGAUGACAUGUGGACAUGUCACGAAGACGAGUGGAAAAAACUACUAGCACCAUUUGGAAGAGGAGGAGAGAAGGGUAAUAUGGUUAUAGUGACAACUCGAAUUCCAGAAGUGGCAUAUAUGGUUAAGACAAUUGAUUGUCCAAUAAAAAUGGAUCGUCUAGAAGACAAAGAUUUUAUGGAUUUCUUUGAAGCAUGUGUGUUUGGUCACCAGAAGGCAUGGGAAGAUCAUCCUGAAUUGCGUGAUGUUGGGGAGAAAAUAGUGAGCAAUUUGAAGGGUUUCCCUCUUGCAGCAAAAACGGUGGGUCGGGUACUAAGAAACCAACUUACUUUGGACCAUUGGACAAGAGUUCUAAAAAGCAAAGAAUGGGAACUACAGACCAAUGAGAAUGACAUUAUGCCAGCUCUAAAACUUAGCUAUGAUUAUCUUCCUUUCCAUCUACAACGAUGUUUUUCAUAUUGUUCUUUGUUUCCUGAAGAUUAUGAAUUUGGUAGUGAUGAGCUAAUUCACUUGUGGAUGGGACUAGAUAUUUUACACUCAUCUAGUCAGAACAAGAGAACUAGAGAUGUUGGUCUGAGCUAUCUGAUUGACUUGGUUAACAAUGGAUUUUUUAUAAAGAAUGAGAAAGACAAUGGUACUUCUUAUUAUGUCCUACAUGACUUACUGCAUGAUUUAGCAGUGAAAGUUUCAUCAUACGAAUGCAUUACAAUACCUAGUUCCAAUGUCAGGUCCAUACAAAUCCCAACUUCAGUUCGCCACUUGUCCUUCAUCAUAGAUGACAAAGAAGUUGAGAACAAAGAGAAUUUUGACAACUUCAAAAAGGAACUAAGAGAACUGGACAAAAGACUGAAUACUGAAAACCUACGUACAUUGAUGCUUUUUGGGAGCCACCAUGGAAGCUUUUCCAUGAUUUUUGGUCAUUUAUUUAGAAAUGACAAAGCCCUUCGUUCUAUUUAUCUGUCCGAAGCAUCAUAUAUUGUGGAGGAUGUAAGGAUCAAGUCGAAGUACAUGGAGGACACAUGCUUGCUGAGUUCUAUGUCUAGACUUUAUCAUUUAGAAGUCAUAGAUCUGCAGGAGUGGGAAUAUUGCUCUGGUAACAUAAGAGAUAUAAAUAGUCUUGCAAAAUUGCACCACUUUUUUGUGACACAAUACAGGCGUCAGCUUCACUGUAACAUAGUUGAUGUGGGGAAACUAAAAUUAUUUCAGGAACUAAGAGGCUUUGAAGUUGGAAAAGAAAGUAAGGGCUUUGAACUAAGUCAGCUAGAGCAACUAUCAGAACUUGGAGGUUCGCUUGCCAUUUGUAAUCUGGAAAGGACACAAACAGUGAAGGAAGCUAGUGAGGCAAAACUAAUACACAAAAAUGGUUUGCACAAGCUAACAUUAGAAUGGGAUGUCAAUAGACUUAACAAGGAUCCAGCACAUGAAGCAAAUAUUCUGGAGGAAAAUUUUCCACCAAUAGGAGAAAUGUGGAUGGUCAAUGAGCAUGGUGAGGAGCAUUUGGGUCGCGUACCUCAUAAUAGGUUUCGAAAUUUGAGAAGGCUUGAAUUCAAUAAGCUGCCAAGACUGAAGAAAUGGGCUGAAAGUGACCCUUGUAAUUUAUUCUCUCACGUGGAAGUGCUCAUCAUCACACAUUGCUCUGAACUCACGGAGUUGUCAUUUUCCCAUUUGACUUGCUGUCAUCAACAGAAAGAGGCAAAGAUAAAUUGGUUUCCUAGACUACGGGAGCUCAAAAUUGAAGACUGUCCAAAACUGUUGUCCUUUCCUCCUGUUCCUUGGACUAGGGCUCUGUGCUCAGCUGAGAUAGAAGGAGUUGAUUCAGGCCUUGAGGAACUUGUUUGUAAUAACGAGAGUUACAAAUCAGAAUAUAGCUUGGAAAUUAAGAUGAAUGAUGCUCUGGUUAGUGAUUUAUGGAAUGUGUUGGCCUUUGAUAAUCUAGCUGAACUAGAAGAGUUGAAGAUGGGCACAUGCCCUCCUCUCCCACUGCAUCAUUUCCAAAUGCUACCAUCCCUAAAGACCCUCAAGCUAUAUGGUGGUUCAGGUAUUGUCUUCCCAUCGGUUGAAGAUGAGAGCUAUGCCGAAUAUCAAUCUCCAGUUGAAUGCAUAACAGUUAGUGGGUGGGAUGCCAGUGCGAAGGAAUUGACACAGCUACUGACUUAUUUCCCCAAGCUCUCUGAACUGAACAUGUGGUCAUGUGAGAAGAUUACAGGGCUAGCUGUAGUGGAGAAGCAGGCAAUAGAAAGACCCACGCCAACAUCUCCAGAAAACAGAGUGGACGACAAUGUGGAAAUCGAGCAGCACCACCAGCAGCAGGAUGGCACAGGAGGAGAGGAGGAAAUAGGCGCAUCAUCAGCAGAAGGGCUGCUGCUCUUGCCUUCCCAACUACAACAGUUGGAGAUCAGCUGCUGCCCAGAGCUGAGCCUCCGCUCCAAUUCAAUCGAGCACAGCAGAGAAUCAGGACGAACUGGUGGAGGACAAGGGCUCCAAGGCGACGGACUGCGACGUCUCCUCGCUCAAGGUCGUCUCACCAGUUUAACCAUCCAAGAAACCCCCAAUUUCUUCGCUGGUUUCGAGCCCCCGCUGCCCCAUGAACAAGAGUUCCCAUCCACUUCCUCCAAACUGCAGCAGCUUCGGACGGAUAACGCCGCGGGCGUCCUUGUCGCGCCCAUCUGUACCUUGCUCUCUUCCUCGCUCACUGAAUUGGGACUUCGGGACAAAGAGGUGGAGCGCUUCACAGAGGAGCAAGAGGAGGCCCUUCAGCUUCUCACCUCUGUCGAGGAGAUCACGUUUUGGGCCUACGACAAGCUGCAGUGCCUCCCUGCAGGGCUUCAUGGACUUCCCAACCUCAAGAGAUUACACGUCUGGGGUUGUGCAGCCAUCCAGUCGCUGCCCAAGGACUGCCUCCCAAGUUCACUGCAAAAAUUAGAGGUCAGGAGCUGCCCAACCAUUCGAUCGCUGCCCAAGGUGAAUGACCUUCCAAGUUCACUGCGAGAAUUGGAUGUCGAGGAUAGCGGAAGUGAGAAGCUAAGAAGGCAGUGCCGCAAGCUGAUUGGAACCAUUCCAAUAGGCAAAGCUUGA